AUGUCAGGGUGGGACGAGGGGCAGGUGUUCUACAGCAACCAGUCGUUCCCCGAGUCGGAAGGGCCGCCCGGCGACGACGCGCUGGGCGACGCGGGAAUCACGCGAUACGCCGCGCAGAAGAAGCUUCGCGAGUUCGUGCGAAACUUCCACGAUCCGCAGUAUCAUGACCGCUUCAUCUACAGGGAGCGGCUGCAGGAGGGCGGGGGCGUGGUGGAGGUGGAUUUGGAGGACCUGGCGAGCAAGGAGGAGGGGCUGUGCCGCCUCAUGCGCACGCGCCCCGCUGACAUGCUGCCGCUGUUGGAGGUGGCAGCAGCUGAGGUGGCAGCAAGCGUGCGGCAGAAGGUGAUGGGGGAGAGUGGGGAGCUGGAGGAUGCACGAGUGCCGCCCGUGCAGGUGCUGCUCAAGAGCUCUGAAGACGCCAUGCCCAUCCGCGCUUUAACGGCGGCACAGAUCUCGCAUCUGGUGAAGAUCUCAGGCAUCGUGAUUGCCUCCUCGCGAGCCAAGGCCAAGGCGACCUCCGUGGUGCUCAUGUGUCGCUCCUGCAAGAACGUCAAGGCCAUCCCCUGCCGCCCGGGGCUGGGAGGCGCCAUCAUCCCGCGCACAUGCGACCGCACCCCCCAGCCAGGCGAGGAGCCAUGCGGGGUGGACCCGUGGGUGGUGCUGCCGGAUAGAAGCGAGUACGUGGACCAGCAGACGCUCAAACUGCAGGAGAAUCCCGAGGACGUGCCCACGGGUGAGAUGCCACGGAGCGUCCUGCUGGCAGUGGACCGCUCGCUGGUGCAGCGCAUCUCCCCCGGCACGCGCAUCACCGUGUUUGGCAUCUUCAGCAUCUUCCAGGCCUCCGAUAAAACCAAGUCGCGAGGGGCCAUGGCGGUGGCAAUACGGCAGCCAUACCUGCGGGUGGUGGGGGUGGAGAUGGCUGCGGAUGGCGCUGCCAGGUCCACUGCCUCCUCCUUUACCACUGACGAGGAGGCGGAGUUCAAGGACUUCAGCCGGCAGGGCGACGUGUACGGCGCCAUAAGCAGCCAGAUCGCGCCGUCCAUCUUCGGCCACGCCGACAUCAAGAAGGCCAUCGCCUGCCUGCUCUUCGGCGGCGCGCGCAAGCUACUGCCAGAUGGCGCAAGGCUGAGAGGCGACAUCAACGUGCUGCUCAUUGGCGAUCCCUCCACCGCCAAGUCCCAGUUCCUCAAGUUUGUGGAGAAGACGGCACCCAUAGCCGUGUACACAUCAGGGAAGGGCUCCUCUGCUGCCGGUCUCACCGCCUCCGUUAUUCGCGAUGCCUCCUCUAGGGAGUUCUACCUGGAGGGCGGCGCCAUGGUGCUGGCCGAUGGUGGCGUGGUGUGCAUCGAUGAGUUCGACAAGAUGCGCCCUGAGGACAGGGUGGCGAUCCACGAGGCGAUGGAGCAGCAGACGAUAAGCAUCGCCAAGGCGGGCAUCACCACGGUGCUCAACUCGCGCACCUCCGUGCUCGCCGCUGCCAACCCGCCCUCCGGCCGCUACGAUGACCUCCGGACAGCGCAGGAGAACAUUGAUCUGCAGAGCACCAUUCUGUCGCGCUUCGACCUCAUCUUUGUCGUCAAGGACACAAGGGACUUCAACCGCGAUCUCCAAAUCGCGCGGCAUGUGGUGAACGUGCAUGCCAAGGCGGAUGCUGUGGUGGGGCGGGCCGAUGACGCCAUGGGGGGCCGGGCAGCCAUGGGGGAUGGACCUGCAGGGGCGGGGGGCGUGGGGCACACGGGGAAGGAUGGGGAGCAGGAGAACUGGCUCAAGAGGUACAUAGAGUUUGCUCGCACGCGCUGCUCCCCGCGGCUGUCAGAGUCGGCAGCAACGCUCCUGCAAAACAACUACGUGCAGAUCCGUCAGAACAUGCGGCGGAGGGCGACGGAGACGGGGGAGGCGUCAGCGCUGCCAAUCACGGUUCGCCAGCUGGAGGCCAUCGUGAGGCUCUCAGAGUCCAUGGCACGCAUGCAGCUCUCCCCAGUGGCCACGGAGGAGCACGUCACUGAGGCGCUGCGCCUCUUCCAUGUCGCGACGCUGGACGCCGCCCGGUCGGGCGUGGUGGACGGCGCAGUGCUGACGGAGGAGCAGCGGCGCGAGGUGCAGCAGGUGGAGGGCGCGGUGCGGCGUUGCGUGGCCAUCGGGGGCUUCGUGUCCGAGAGGCGCCUGCUGGAUGACAUCACCCGCUCGGGCAUCAGUGAGAGCGCCGUGAGUCUUGGGCUUAAAUCAGGUCUCAGUGAGAGUGAGGUGAGGCGUAGUGUGGGUUAUGGGCGCAUGAGGAUUGCCACCUACUUGGUGCCUGUCUGGUGGGUGCUGUGUGCAACGCUCAUCACAAUGCUGUGUGCGACGCUCAUCACGAUGCUGUGUGCGACGCUCAUCACGAUGCUGUGUGCGACGCUCAUCACGAUGCUGUGUGCGACGCUCGUCACGAUGCUGUGUGCGACGCUCAUCACGAUGCUGUGUGCGACGCUCAUCACGAUGCUGUGUGCGACGCUCAUCACGAUGCUGUGUGCGACGCUCAUCACGAUGCUGUGUGCGACGCUCAUCACGAUGCUGUGUGCGACGCUCAUCACGAUGCUGUGUGCGACGCUCAUCACGAUGCUGUGUGCGACGCUCGUCACGAUGCUGUGUGCGACGCUCAUCACGAUGCUCUGUGCAACGCUCAUCACGAUGCUCUGUGCAAUGCUCAUCACGAUGCUCUGUGCAACGCUCAUCACGAUGCUCUGUGCAACGCUCAUCACGAUGCUCUGUGCGACGCUCAUCACAAUCCUUCAGCACAUGCAUCACCGACUAUGUACGGCGAGCGCUGCUCAUCAUGGUGGCACGGGGAGAGGUGGAGUACCGACGGGAGAGGAGGGUCAUUUACCGCAAGGUCUGACCACCGCUUCUACUACUGCUCUCACCGCCGCCCUGACCGCCGGUCUCACUCUUGGUCUCACUGCUGCUCCCAUUGCCAUUGCAACUCUGACUACAGUACAACCACUGGUAUAG